AUGGAGAAGAUUAUCAAGUGGAAGCUCAUUCUUCAGCUCUAUGUUGCUCUCCCACCUCAAUACCAUGUCUUCGUGGGUGGAACCAUUCCAGGAUCUUAUCACAAGCUCGCGAAAAUAAUGAAAGGCACGGUAAUGGACAUUUGUCCAAUCUUCAUCAACUGGGUCAAAACACACGGUGCAGUGAUUUGCGAAGGCAUCGUUCCUUCUAACUGCUUUGGACAGGACUUCGACCAGUAUACUGAUCUGCUGUGCCGAAAGCUCGUCGGAUAUGAGCCAGGCAAAGAGAAAUUGGCACGUUUGUGCCCUUGUCUCUAUGAGCUCGGGAAAAGAAUUGGAGGGGACACCCUAUUCAGGAGUCCAGCAACUGUGAAGAUUCUAACUUGUCUUCUUUGGGGAGCAAGUGCACUUAGGGCCAAGAGAUUCCAGACAAAGACCACGUAUGGUGAGCUAUGGACUGUUACAGAGGUGACACCUGCUGCCAUUGCAUUCGCGGUGAUUGUGCUUCGCUUUCUACUUUCAGGCGAUCCUUCCUUUACCUUGGACAGAGGAGCAAGAUCUAAAAUCAACUAUUUCUCUGACUUCGAGUUUUAUGUCAGCACUAUCGAAAAGAAGCUCAUGAAAGGCUCCAAAUCCAUGCUUGCCACUAUUCAACUCUACAAUGAGCAAAUCUUCCCAACUGCAAAACACACAAAAUCAGCAGCACUGUCUUUGAAAGCCAACCUGGAGGAGAAUUCAGAUGAAGAAGAAAUGCUGAAAGGACUGGAUAAUAUUGAUGCAGAGGUUUUCUCAGAUGAUGACGAUUUCGAAUGUGACGUACCUGCCAUCACCAACCAUGUACUUGAUUCCCAGGCCAGUGUCCAGAUGAUACCAGCCCCCAUAACCACUACGAGUGUUGUUGAGGCUGGAUCUGUUCCUUUGGCCCAGCCUUGUGAUACGACGACGAAAGAGAAGAGAGGAAGGAAGAAAGCAAACCCAAUUCGAUCAGGCAACAAAGAUGGCACGCAGGUUGUUCCUAUGGCUGCGGUUGUCAAGGUAGAGAAUGAAGAGAAAGAAGCAAGUAAGAAUGAGGAUGAGGACGAUGGUGAAGGCAACGGCAACGACGAGGACGAGGACGAGGAGGAAGAGGACCUUGAAUACGUACAUUGA